CCGCCCUCGCUCGCUCGCUCGCGCUCCCCGCCCGCCGCCCGCCGCCCGCCGUCCUCCGUCGGUUCUCUCGUUAGUCCGCCGCCUCCUUAGCCGCCCGCCCUAGUCUCCGAGCUUGGGACACGCGGACCGGCGUCGUCGGCGCAGAGAGGCCGGAGUCGGAGCGUCUCCCGAGUGCCUUUCGUCUGAGAAGUUCAAGGCACUUUGUAGAACUUCUGCCACAGGCCGCGCGUGGGUCUUGCAGCACAUUUGUGAGCAAUGGCUGCCAUCCGGAAGAAAUUGGUGAUUGUUGGUGAUGGAGCCUGUGGCAAGACUUGCUUGCUCAUCGUUUUUAGCAAGGACCAGUUCCCAGAGGUGUAUGUACCUACGGUGUUUGAGAACUAUGUGGCAGACAUUGAAGUGGACGGAAAGCAGGUAGAGUUGGCUUUGUGGGACACAGCUGGGCAGGAGGAUUAUGAUCGCUUGAGGCCCCUCUCCUACCCGGACACGGAUGUCAUCCUGAUGUGCUUCUCCAUCGACAGCCCUGACAGUUUAGAAAACAUCCCAGAAAAAUGGACUCCGGAAGUCAAGCAUUUCUGUCCCAAUGUGCCCAUCAUCCUGGUUGGGAACAAGAAGGAUCUUCGAAACGAUGAGCACACAAGGCGGGAGCUGGCCAAGAUGAAGCAGGAGCCAGUAAAACCGGAAGAAGGCAGAGAUAUGGCAAACAGGAUUGGCGCAUUUGGGUACAUGGAGUGUUCAGCAAAGACCAAAGAUGGAGUGAGGGAGGUUUUCGAAAUGGCCACGAGAGCUGCUCUGCAAGCCAGGCGUGGGAAGAAGAAGUCCGGGUGCCUUGUGUUGUGAGCGCCGCAGGCACAGCCUCGCGCGGCUCGUUCUGAAGUGCUGUUCAUUAAUCCUAGCGUAUGAUUCCUGGCCUUUCAUUUACCUAUAAUUUACCUGAGAUUACAAAUCAGAAGUCAUCUUGCUACCAGUAUUUAGAAGCCAACCAUGAUUAUUAAUGAUCCAGCCCACCUGGCCCGCCGGUCCUCUGACACCGCUCUAACAGCCCUCUGCACUCCCACCCGACACACCAGGCGCUAAUUCAAGGAAUUCCUUAACUUCUUGCUUCUUUCUAGAAAGAGAAAUGGUAACUUUUGUGAGUUAGGCUGUAACUACUUCAUAACUAACAUGCCUUCCUGUCAUCUGUCAGCUGCAAGGUGCUCUGGUGAGCUACCGCUUCAGAGCUUCACUCCUGAGCAGAUGCAUUGUCCGGCCUCUGGAGAGGGCAUCCAGUUUUUUCAAAAUGCUCAGCCAGAGAGGCCAAGUUCAUGCAGCUGCGGCAAGGUUACAGUUCUGUGGUUUCAUGUUAGUUACCUUAUAGUUACUGUGUAAUUAGUGCCACUUAAUGUAUGUUACCAAAAAAUAAAUAUAUCUACCCCAAACUAGAUGUAGUAUUUUUUGUAUAAUUGGAUUUCCUAAUACUGAUAUUUGUCAUUCCCACAGAAAGUGUAUUGGUUUUUUUAAAAAGAAAGUGUAUUUGAAAAUAAAGUCAGAUGGAAAAUUCAUUUUUAAAAUUCCCGCUUUGUCGGUUUCUCUAAUAAAAGAUGGCCAUGUCACCUGUUUUCAGCCCCACGUGUCCCCGUACCCCUCCCCAGAGCUGGGCUGAGUAAGUAGGAAUUUGGUUUCGUGCCUGAGGCAUGUAGUCGCUUCCGAAGGCCGAAGAGCUGCCGCUCCUGCACCGCGGGUCUGGCUCUAGGACUGCUCCUCACUGUGCCAGGUUCCUCGGGAGCCCCCCUCCAGCUGACGGGACUUUUCUGUACCGGUUAACUUUUCCAACUACUAGAAUAAAGGCAGUUUUCUACA